AUGAGAGUGAGGAUGAUUAAGAUGAAGGACGUCUUAGGGUUUGAGUCUAGCUGGACGUACUGGACCCUGUUUUUUCUCUGCGCUCUCGUGCCGCUCCCAGCGCGAGCAGAUAUCACUUGCACCUCGUGCUUCGCUCCAAUACGCCGGAAUGAGGCACAAGUGAAGGCAACGGCUUUUGUCAGCCGUGAUUUUGGAAGUGUACUGGACGGCAGCGCUGAUAAAAACUGGAAGUGGGGAAUUGGUGGAGCUCAACUUUCCCUUGAAGCGCACAUAAAGUCUCCUUCUGUGUCCUGGAGAGAGAAACCGGAGAGCGCGCACAUUUCCCAAGAGGAACGGGCGAGCCCAGCUGAGAAAAAAGACGGAAAAGUUAAUCCAACAUGGUCUCCAGAGGAAACCAAAGUAAACAGGAGGGACAAGCGCAGUCUGUUUUCGUCUGACAGCACGGCCAGUUCUCGAUUCGAAUUCAGGCGUACCGGAGGAGUUGACGAUACCGGGAAGAGUCCGAGGCAGAAUGAACCCCACAUGAUCACGUCCACCUUUGCGUUGUCUGGAGAUUCUGCUCAUAAUCAGGCCAUGGUGCUGUGGUCCGGACACAACAGCAGCGUCAACACGACUUUGAAACACUUAGAUCUGUCAUGGAACGGCUUUGGAAACGAGGGCGCUUUAGCUCUGGGUGAAGCACUCAAGUUCAACAACACGCUGGUGCACCUGGACCUCAACAACAACCGCAUCACUGAUGAAGGAGCGAGCCUGCUGUGUAAGGGGCUGGAGGCUAACGAUACUCUCAGAGUGCUGCAGCUGGCGUAUAACUCACUGACAGUAGAGGGGGCUCUUACUUUGAUCAAUGUAGUGAAGAACACACCUAAAACUGCCAUUGAGGAGAUCAACAUAUGUGUGAGUGCUGUGCAGCAAACGUGUCUGGUGAAUGAGAACUUCGUGCAGCUCUUAGAGUUGAUCUGUCAGGAACAUCCCAGUCUGGAGGUGCAGUAUGGAGGAGUUGGAGGCUUUAUCGCCAAAAAGCCUCGGAAACGCAUUGACCCCAUGAAAGUUAUUCAGGAUUACCUUGAUCAGCGCAAGCUUCGUCUGUGGGACUUCUUCCGUAACAUAGACAAAGAUGGGACAAUGCGUGUUCCUGUCGUAGACUUCAGAAAAGCCGUUCAGCAAUCCAGCAUCCCACUGGAGAGAUUCCAGAUUGAGGAGUUGAUUCAGAGACUGGACAGAGACCGAACAGGCAUAGUGGACUACAGAGGCCUGGCAGAUACUAGGAAACAGAUGAUGCGAGACCACCGCCGCCAACUGCGUAAAGUGGAGUCACGGCAGAAGAAGGAGAAGCAGAAGAGCGACAGGAUCCUCAAAACUUUUGAGAGCGCAGUAGAGGCCGUCACGCCACGGAGCUCCAUGAUAAUAUCUCCAGGCGCUGCCAAAGAGGACUCCAGCGGCCCCCAGCACUUCUCUGCCACCCCGCUCAGCUCCUGGCACCAUAUAAUCAUGUCCAACAGCAGCCGCUACUCUGUCAAUAACAUGAGCAGCGAGCAUGUGCACCUUCCCAUGAUAGGGAACCCCUCGAGAUCACCAGACAUGCGCUCAUAUUCACAGCCAAACCUUUUCGCCAGCAUCCCUAAACCAUUGACCAGCAAACCCACUUCUGCUCAAGGAUUGCACUCCACGUCCAACCCGAGUGUGGCCAGCAGUAAACUCAGCCCCACUGCUAACCUGACCAGAUCCAGGCCGGCGUUAAACACUGAGCCCACCAGUAAAGCAAAGGUUAAAGGCAAGAAAAAGAAGACCAAGAAAAGAAAAGAAAAGGUAUAAUGUCAAAAGGAUAUGGUGUCCAUGCCUGUCAAGCUCCACAAAGGGAAAAUCUUCAGAGAAUAACAACAUUCAGAAGACUUUAAAUAUUAUAGCACAUGAGAUAUAUGGACUUUAUAUAUAU